AUGGCUUGUAAUACGUGCUCCAAAUCAUUUUCUUUGCUCCGUCCUGAAAAAGGAUGUCCUGGCUGUGGUUUUAGUUAUUGUUCAAAAUGCCUGAACCACAAAAUAUUUUUACACAAGAUUAAUUCUGAAUCUAAGGUCUGCUCAAAAUGUUCACAAACAGCAAAUUCAAAUGAACCUACAAAAAUUGUUCCUCCUGAUGCUUAUUAUAAAAGGAUAGGUGUUGUCGAUACCACCAUAAACAAAGAUUUAAACUUCAUGAAUAGUUCAGAAAGAGAAAUAUAUAAUAGAUUACAAAAGUUAAAAGAGGAUAAGCAGAUUGAAAAAAACCAUGAUAUCACCACUCGCUUAAAAAAUUUAAAAGGUGAAGUACCUUCAACAUCAGAUGCAGAAUUAACUGCUAAAUUAGCAAAUUUGAAAGGAGUGCCUAUAAGUGCAGUUCAGAGUAAGGCAAUAUUGCCAACACCUGAUUUAAGAUCCGAACAAGAACAAGCAGAUGAUCUCAUGAAACAAUACAUGGAAAAAGCCAACAUUGAUACCAAAUAUAAAGAUGAAUUUGAAGGUUUAGUUAGUGAUAUAGAGAAUAGGUUGCAGAAGCUAAAAUCUACUUCUGCUGGUGAACAAGAAAAAGUUACCACAGCAUCCGACACUGAUGAUCAGUCAGAUAAUGAAGAAAAUUUGCUACAGAAAAUAAUUGAGGAAGCUAAAGCAAAAGUAAAAUUUGAAGAAAGUGAAAUAUGUGACACUGUUGUGGACGAGUUGCCAUUUUGUGAGAUAUGUAAUGAGGAUGCAAAAAUGCGUUGUCUUGGAUGCAAAUACCUCUUCUGUAAAAUAUGUUUUAAUGAACAUAAAGAUGAUGAUGGCUGUGAUAGAUAUGAGCCUUAUUCUGCUCCAAAGAAU